AAAGAGUCGCGAGCCAGCAACAUCAAUAGCCAGCUCAAUGAAGAUGGCGGAUCUGUGAGGGAUGCUGUCAACAAGACUUUAAACUUUCACAUUUUCCGAUCUUUGACCGACGGUGUUUGGAUAGCUGUCUACGAGAAUCACCACCUGGCUUGUUGACCAACAGACAGACCGACCCGACUGACCACCAGUCAAACAGAUCCACGGGGGGCAGUGAAGGAGAAGUUUAGGCUCUGGACUUCAAGAGAAGAGGCCUUUGAAGGUGUCUACUCGUCUCUCCUCCCACGGCCUAAGGAUGGCCAGGCUAGGGCUCCGUUCACGGGGGCUACGUUCACGGAUGUGUCCCAGCGGGGAGCACAUUAAGCAGGGACGCUGCUGAGCCUGGAGGAGGUGACAGGAGAAGGCUGCAACUCCACCAGAGAGAGAGAGAGAGAGAGAGAAGGAACUAGAGAGGACUGGAGUCGCUGCGCGUCUGGGUGGAGGGGGUGGGUGGAGUGUGCAGAAGGGUGAGUGAGCGAGAAAUCUUAUCCUGCGAUAGCAGAGCAGACGGUUGCAGACGUGCGACGGGCGGACGGACAAGACAGCCGCUGAGAGAGUGGGAAGGACACAAGAGGGGCGGAACGGAGCGCAGCGGGGCAGGAGAGGGCAUCCGCUAGGACAUCGGAGCGCCACCAAUCCAUGUUCCAUGUGAAGGAGAAGAGGAACGAGUGAACAACCCCCUAAAGAGAGAGAGAAAGACAGAGAGAGAGAGAGAGGGAGAUCAAACGCGUGAGGAGGAGACGCCAUCACUUCCACGGGGGCGAGUCAUGGGCUAUGGGGGCCAUGGUGACCUAGCGUAAAUGGCUCCUCUUGCCCAGAAGCUGGUGCCAGUGUCUGCUGCUCAACCCUUUUCCUUUUCCUCCCCCAUCUCUUCCUCCUCCUCCUCCUCUGUCAUCCCCUCAUUUUCCUUCUCCUCCUCUUCCUCUUCCUCUUCCUGCUGCUGCUGCUGUGCGGGCUGUUCAGCCCCCCGGCGUGUUCAGCCAUGGGCCCCUGGAAGCUGGUUCGGGGCCUCCGGCAGCUGGAGCUCCACCGCCUCAUCCUGGUGCUCAUCGUCUUCUGCCUGCUCUCCAUGGCCUUCCUGGCGUACUACGUCAGCAACAGCCCCAAGAUCAAGGAGGCGCCGCCGCUGCCUUUUAGUGACUGUGGAGGUGGCGGCGACGCCAUCGGGGCAGGGGCGGGCGGCGCGGGGUUCGGCGUGGUGGGCGAGGGAGGGGGUCAGCGCGCGCCUCUCUUCCUCCCUCCCCAGGCGGGCCGGAGGAACGCGGCGGGCGGUAAAAUGGCGGACCCCACGCGCACCGACCCGGUGGUGCUGGUGUUCGUGGAGAGCAUCUACUCGCAGCUGGGCCAGGAGAUCGUGGCCAUCCUAGAGUCGAGCCGCUUCCGCUACCACACGGAGGUGGCGCCCAGCAAGGGCGACAUGCCCACGCUGAUGGAGCGCGACCAGGGCCGCUACGCGUUGGUCAUCUACGAGAACAUCCUCAAGUACGUCAACCUGGAUGCCUGGAACCGCGACCUCCUGGACAAGUACUGCGCCGAGUACGGCGUGGGCAUCAUGGGCUUCUUCAAGGCCAACGAGAACUCGCUGCUCAGCGCCCAGCUCAAGGGCUUCCCGCUCUACCUGCACUCCAACCUGGGCCUGCGCGACUACCGCAUCAACCCGGCGGCGCCGCUCCUCUACGUCACGCGGCCCAACCAGGUGGAGCCGGGCCCCUUGCCCGGCGACGACUGGACCGUCUUCCAGUCCAACCACAGCACCUACGAGCCCGUGCUCCUGGCCAGCACCAAGUCGUCCGAGGCCCUGGCUCACCUGGGCCCCCACCGGGCGCUGCACGCCACCGUGGUCCAGGACCUGGGGCUCCACGACGGCAUCCAGCGGGUGCUGUUUGGGAACAACCUGUCCUACUGGCUGCACAAGCUCAUCUUUGUGGACUCCAUCGCAUACCUGACGGGCCGCAGGCUGUGCCUCCCUCUGGAGCGCUACCUGUUGGUGGACGUAGACGACAUCUUCGUGGGCAAAGAGGGCACCCGCAUGAAGGUGUCGGAUGUGAAGGCCCUACUGAACACGCAAAACAAACUCCGAGCCUUGGUCCCAAACUUCACGUUCAACCUUGGCUUCUCCGGAAAGUUCUACCAUGCUGGUACGGAGGAGGAGGACGAGGGCGACGACAUGCUGCUGACGCACAGGAAGGAGUUCUGGUGGUUCCCACACAUGUGGAGCCACAUGCAGCCACACCUCUUCCACAACGUCAGCGUGUUGGCCGAGCAGAUGCGCCUCAACAUGCUCUUCGCACAGGAGCACGGCAUCCCCACAGACAUGGGCUAUGCGGUGGCACCGCACCACUCUGGGGUCUACCCGGUGCACAGCCAGCUCUACGAGGCCUGGAAGGCCGUGUGGGGCAUCAAAGUGACCAGUACUGAGGAGUACCCCCACCUGCGGCCAGCCAGGCACCGCCGCGGCUUCAUCCACAACGGCAUUCAGGUCCUCCCCAGGCAGACGUGUGGCCUCUUCACUCACACCAUCUUCUAUAAUGAGUACCCCGGAGGCUCCAAGGAGCUGGACAAGAGCAUCCGCGGCGGAGAGCUCUUCCUCACGGUCCUGCUCAACCCCAUCAGCAUCUUUAUGACCCACCUGUCCAACUACGGGAACGACCGGCUGGGCCUGUACACCUUUGAGUCGCUGGUGAAGUUCGUCCAGUGCUGGACCAACCUGCGGCUGGAGACGCUGCCCCCGGUGGAGCUCGCCCAGAAGUACUUCGACAUGUCCCCCGAGGAGAGGGACCCGCUCUGGCAGAACCCCUGUCACGACAAGAGACACAAGGACAUCUGGUCCAAGGAGAAGACCUGCGACCGGCUGCCCAAGUUCCUGGUGGUCGGGCCUCAGAAGACCGGCACCACGGCGCUGCACUCGUUCCUGACGCUCCACCCAGCCAUCACCGGCAGCUUCCCCAGCCCCGUCACCUACGAGGAGAUCCAGUUCUUCAACGGCAACAACUACCACAACGGCAUCGACUGGUACAUGGACUUCUUCCCUUUCCCCUCCAAUGUCAGCACAGACUUCAUGUUUGAAAAAAGUGCCAACUACUUCGACAGUGAGGCGACUCCCAAGCGCACAGCCGCCCUUCUUCCUCGGGUCAAAGUCCUGGCCGUCCUCAUCAACCCGGCCGACCGUGCCUACUCCUGGUACCAGCAUCAGAGGGCUCAUCAGGACCCUGCGGCCCUAAACCACACCUUCCCUCAGGUGGUGAUGGCGCCUCCCUCUUCGCCCCCUGAGCUGCUCACCCUCCAGAACCGAUGUCUCAAGCCUGGAGAGUACGCCACACACCUUGAACGCUGGCUGCUGCACUACCCCUCCCGCCAGCUGCAUAUAGUGGACGGAUCCCUGCUGCGCUCCAACCCUGUGCUGGUGAUGGACGGCAUCCAGAGGUUCCUGGGAGUCACCCCCAUCUUCAACUACACACAGGCCCUCCUGUUCGAUGAGAACAAAGGCUUCUGGUGCCAGAGGAUAGAGGGAGGUCGUCCAAAGUGUCUAGGAAAAAGUAAAGGCAGGAAAUAUCCAGAAAUGGCCCCUGAGACGCGUGCCUUCCUGACGGAGUACUACCGUGAGCACAACCUGGCGUUGCUGCGGCUGAUGAACCGUCUGGGCCAGGCGCUGCCCACCUGGCUACGAGGGGAGCUGCAGAGCACCAGCUGGACCUGAGACCAACCCCCCCCCCCCCCCCCCACACACACACACACACACACACACACACACACACACC